CUUGUCUCCCAUGAUUGCCAAGUUUACAGAAAAAGAAAGUGAGAACAACAAAAUAAAACAGAGAAACCAGGAAGAGAAUUUCAAUCAAAAUAUCUGCUCUCGAUUUCCGGAUUGUAGUGCAAUUAGAAGAUAAGUUGUCGGAGAAGGCAAAGGUUGAGAGUGACAUUAUUAGAUCGGAUGUCAACGGUGGAGAAUGGCCUGAGCUCAGUGACGUAAGAAGAUGUUCUUAUGGCCGACAUGGGCAUUUCCCGGCGGCAACCGCCACCGCCGUCGCUUACUGUGCCGACGUCUCCGGCGAGGAACCGUAGUCUUCUCGACGUGAUGAGAAGGGAACGUCGGCAAGAUAAAUCCACUUGGAAAUCUCUCCGGGAUAAGCUCCGCCUCAAACGCACCACCACUGCUUGGAUCUCGUCUAACCUUAUCCCUUCUUUGGAUAUGCCUAUCCUUAGUCCCGAUAACUAUAGCCACCGAUUUAACCGCCUUGGAUUCCUCCUUUCUAACUCGGAGACGAACCACCGGAGCAAUGGUGGAGCAGAGGAAGCUGCGGCGCGAGAAGGGAGGCUCCAGUUAGGCGAGGUGUUGGCCGAGGAAAGAGAGGAAGUGCAGCCACCGAGGAUGUCCCUAAUGGAGUUGUUAGAGGAUAAUGCUGGGGCAAUGUCUGACGUCACCGAGAGAGGAGAAGCCGAGGAAGAAGAGACGAUGGUUACGACGACGGCGAUGGUGACCACCACGGAUUCGGGUUGUUGCGUGUGUAUGAUAAGAAGCAAAGGUGCGGCUUUUAUACCUUGUGGACAUACGUUUUGCAGGUUGUGUUCUAGAGAACUUUGGGUGCAGAGAGGAAACUGUCCGUUGUGUAACACUUCCAUUUUACAAGUUCUUAAUAUUUUCUAGUUUCUCUUGUUUCUUCUGCAUUUUAUUUUAAGAUUUUUUUUCUUUGGUGUUAUGCCUGUGGAUCUCUUCUUGUACAAAUAAAUGCAUUGUUAGGAUCCUUUUUUCAAAGCCAUGUUUAAUAUGA